UUGGACUUGUAUAAAAAAGAUCAGGGUUGGACAGAGAAAAAGCCCGGCCCAUUAUAAUUUCCCCUCCCAAGCCACGAAAAAAGAAAACUGGCAAACGCAGAAGAAUAAAAACGAGAGAGACGGCCAGAAGCAGACGGCGGCAACAAAGAAAAAGAAAGCGGCCAGACGGAGUCUCCUUCUCGGAACGAAGCGGAGAGUGAGAGUGAACUGCGAGAUACCAGAGAGAAGUAGAGGCGGUGAAUGUGGACUCCUAAUUCAGCGUCUUAAUAAAACGCAGCAAAGCAGCAAAGUAAGCGAAGGAAGGAGGAAAUCUAAGGAUUUUUCAUUAGAGAAGCAUGGAUGAUAGCUUGUAUGAUGAAUUUGGAAAUUACAUCGGACCAGAAAUUGAGUCGGAUAGGGAUAGUGACAGGGAUGAGGAGGAGGAGGAGCUCCCUGACAGGGAUGACAUUGAUAGGGAUGCAUCUGAUGGUGAACAUGCACAUGGAGUAUCAAACGGGUGGCUAAUCAACCCAGAUGAUGUUGAUAUGGAUAAUCAAGUUGUCCUUGCCGAGGACAAGAAGUAUUACCCGACUGCUGAAGAGGUUUAUGGCGAGGAAGUGGAGACAUUGGUGAUGGAUGAAGAUGAACUUCCCCUAGAGCAACCCAUAAUCAAACCCGUUAAGAACCUGAAGUUUGAAUUGGGUGUCAAAGAUUCAUCAACUUACAUUUCAACCCAAUUUCUACUUGGUCUCAUGUCUAAUCCCGCACUAGUUAGAAAUGUUGCUUUGGUUGGACACCUGCAUCAUGGGAAGACAUUGUUUAUGGAUAUGCUGGUGGAGCAAACUCAUCACAUUUCUACAUUUGACAAAAACAGUGAGAAGCACCUGAGGUAUACGGAUACAAGAAUAGAUGAACAAGAAAGGAAGAUCUCAAUCAAGAGUGUACCAAUGUCAUUUGUUCUUGAAGAUAGCAACUCCAAGUCAUACCUCUGUAACAUCAUGGAUACCCCUGGUCAUGUCAACUUUUCUGAUGAAAUGACUGCUGCACUUAGACUUGCUGAUGGGGCAGUGCUGAUUGUUGAUGCCGUUGAAGGUGUUAUGGUUAACACUGAGAGAGCUAUAAAGCAUGCAAUCCUAGAUCGGCUUCCCAUAGUUGUUGUGAUUAAUAAGGUUGAUAGGCUGAUCACAGAACUCAAACUACCCCCCAAGGAUGCCUACUUUAAGCUUAGGCAUACCAUCGAACAGAUCAAUACCCAUAUCACAGCAGUAUCUUCCACAGCAGGAAAUGCCCAAGCCAUUGAUCCUGCUCUUGGAAAUGUUUGCUUUGCAAGUGCCACUGCGGGAUGGUCUUUCACACUUCAGUCUUUUGCGAAACUUUAUCUAAAGCUACACGGAAUUCCAUUUGAUGCCGACAAAUUCGCAUCCAAACUCUGGGGAGAUUAUUACUUUGAUAGUAAUAGCAGAAGUUUCAAGAAGAAACAGCCUGCUAAUGGUGUGGAAAGAUCAUUUGUGCAGUUUGUUCUCGAACCCCUUUACAAGAUCUACAGUCAAGUAAUUGGAGAGCACAAAAAGAGUGUCGAAGCAACUCUAGCAGAGCUUGGUGUGACCCUUCCAAAUGCAGCUUACAAGCUAAAUGUUAGACCCUUAUUGAGACUCUCCUGCAGUGCUGUUUUUGGUAGUUCCACGGGCUUCACUGAUAUGCUGGUACACCACAUUCCAUCUGCUAAAGCAGCAGCAGCUAGUAAGGCUGAACACAUAUAUACUGGUCCAAGAGAUUCUGUUAUUUAUCAAGCAAUGAGGGAUUGUGAUCCUGCUGGUCCGUUAAUGGUUAAUGUGACCAAACUGUAUCCUAAGGCAGACUGCAGUGUUUUUGACGCUUUUGGCAGGGUCUACUGUGGAGAAAUCAUGACAGGACAAACUCUGCGUGUUCUGGGAGAAGGGUAUUCACCAGAUGAUGAGGAGGAUAUGACUGUAAAAGAAGUAACUAAAUUGUGGGUAUAUCAGGCGCGGUAUAGAAUACCUAUAAGUAAGGCUCCUCCAGGUUCGUGGGUUCUGAUUGAGGGUGUUGAUGCUUCAAUAAUGAAGACAGCUACCCUUUGCAAUGCUGACUACAAUGAGGAUGUCUACAUAUUUAGGCCUCUUCAGUUCAAUACUCUUCCAGUUGUAAAAACUGCAACUGAGCCUUUGAACCCAAGUGAGUUACCUAAAAUGGUUGAGGGCCUUAGAAAAAUUAGCAAGAGCUAUCCUCUUGCAAUCACGAAAGUUGAGGAGUCUGGGGAGCACACAAUUUUGGGUACUGGAGAGCUGUACCUGGAUUCCAUAAUGAAGGACCUUAGAGAGCUCUACUCCGAAGUGGAAGUGAAGGUUGCUGAUCCAGUUGUCUCCUUUUGUGAAACAGUGGUGGAGUCUUCUUCAAUGAAAUGUUUUGCUGAAACUCCAAAUAAGAAAAACAAAAUCACCAUGGUUGCGGAGCCCCUAGAGAAAGGGCUUGCUGAGGAUAUUGAAAAUGGUGUUGUGAGUUUAGAUUGGCCUCGAAAAAAACUUGAUAACUUUUUUCAGACCAAGUAUGACUGGGAUUUGCUUGCUGCACGAUCUAUUUGGGCAUUUGGACCUGAUAAGAUGGGACCGAACAUUUUACUGGAUGAUACACUGUCAACAGAAGUGGACAAGAAUUUGUUAAAUGCUGUCAAGGAUUCUAUCGUGCAAGGAUUUCAGUGGGGAGCUCGAGAAGGACCACUAUGUGAUGAGCCAAUCAGAGGGGUCAAAUUCAAAAUAGAUGAUGCCAAAAUUGCACCAGAACCAUUGCAUCGGGGAACAGGGCAGAUCAUCCCUACAGCAAGGCGUGUGGCUUACUCAUCCUUCCUUAUGGCCACUCCACGGCUCAUGGAACCUGUGUAUCUAGUGGAGAUACAGACGCCUAUCGAUUGUGUUUCUGCUAUAUUCCAAGUGUUGUCACGCAGGCGUGGACAUGUUACCGCAGAUGUUCCUCAACCGGGCACUCCAGCCUACAUUGUCAAGGCAUUUUUACCUGUUAUUGAGUCAUUUGGCUUUGAGACGGACCUGAGGUAUCACACGCAAGGGCAGGCAUUCUGUGUUUCUGCUUUUGAUCAUUGGAGCAUUGUUCCGGGGGAUCCUCUUGAUAAGAGCAUUGUUCUACGCCCACUUGAGCCUGCCCCCGUUCAACACCUUGCUCGUGAAUUCAUGGUAAAGACGAGGCGUAGGAAGGGAAUGAGCGAGGAUGUGUCUAUCAACAAGUUCUUCGAUGAAGCCAUGAUGGUGGAGCUUGCACAACAGGAUGCAGAGCUUCAUCAGCAAAUGUUUUAGCGAUAUUCCCAGAAAUGCUACUUGAAAUGUAUUCAUAUGAUCAUGAUAUUCUGAAAAUCGACGGAAGCCAAUUUGGAUCAAACUAACUGCAGAUUUGUUGGGAUGAAAUCUGAAUUCUGAAAUUGUUUGCGCAGUAAGUCUUUUUUUUCUGCCUAAGCUUGUACUGUGGUGUGUGUAGUUACUGUGGAUUGUUACCAUUAGAAUUUGGUAAAUUUUUAAAGAUUCAUUGAAAUCCACUCUAAUGUUUGUUAGAAGCCUGGGUGAUGCUUUAAGUUUUGAUUAAUACCCAGUAAAUCCACGAACUUAAC